GAAAAGAUAGGAGGUGGUUACAAAAAUAGACCUACGAAAAUAGACCUAUAUAAAGGAGGGGAAAAGAACACCAAAGUACAAACAAAACAUUAAGUGAAACCACAUAAUGGAGAUUGAGAGAGUUCAAGAAAUAGCCUCACUCUCAAACCUAAAAGGCACAAUCCCAAGCGAGUUCAUAAUAUUAGAAAAUGAACAAGCAACAACCACAACCAUACAUGGGGCGGUGCUCGAAGUCCCAGUGAUCGAUCUCUGUAACCCCGAUGACCAAUCUCUUGUGGCUUCAAUCUCUGAAGCCAGCAAGAGUUGGGGGAUUUUUCAGGUUGUCAACCAUGGGAUACCAAACGAACACAUAUCUGAGUUGCAAAAAGUUGGAAAAGAGUUCUUUGAGUUACCACAAGACGAAAAAGAAGUUAUUGCUAAACCAAUUGGGUAUGAAGGUGUUGAAGGGUAUGGAACAAAGCAUCAAAAGGAAGUUGAAGGGAAGAAAGGUUGGGUGGAUCAUUUGUUUCAUAGGGUGUGGCCACCUUCUGCCGUUAACUAUCAUUAUUGGCCAAAGAACCCUCCUUCUUACAGAGAGACGAACGAGCAAUACACGCAAAGCUUGAUACCGGUGGCAGACAAGUUGCUGGGUUUGUUAUCGCGAGGACUUGGACUAGAAGAUGGUGAAGUGAAACAAGGGUUGGGUUGUGAAGACAUGUUUUACAUGCUGAAAAUAAACUACUACCCAGCAUGCCCAUGUCCUGAGCUUGAUCUAGGGUUAGGUCCCCAUACAGACAUGUCUUCCAUCACUAUACUUGUGCCAAAUGAAGUUCAGGGUCUACAAGUGUUCAAGGAUGAUCAUUGGUAUGAUGUUGCUUACAUCCCUAAUGCUCUCAUUGUUCACAUUGGAGACCAAAUUGAGAUAUUGAGCAAUGGGAAGUAUAAGAGUGUGUAUCACAGAACAACAGUGAAUAAGGAGAAAACAAGAAUGUCAUGGCCAAUGUUCUUGGAGCCACCACCAGAGUUUGAGGUUGGACCAAUUCCAAAGCUCAUCACUCAAGACAAUCCAUCAAAGUUCAAGACUAAGAAGUAUAAGGAUUUUGUCGAUUGCAAGCUCAACAAGCUUCCGCAAUAGAGACAUCAUCCCAUCUAAAUAUGACCCGACCUGGUCAUAAAAAUGUAUAUUCUUUCUCUGCUAUUAUUAUAUGACAUGCAUGAAACUCAUUUUCUGCAUGUACCUAUUAUAUGGAUAGAUUUACUACAUAUAUUACUUCUUUUAACCCUCAA